AUGAGCGCCGAGCAAGCAGGCCAGGUCCCCAGCGACCACGACGACACCGCCUACAAGGACAGCCACGACUACCUCCAGUUCAAGACACUGCCACCCGGAGGCCCGUUGAACCGCUGGUCGCACACCAUCACGAGGGAACAUGACUUCCCCGGCGCACAGGCCAUGUUGUACGGCGCGGGCGUGCCCAACCGGGACAUGAUGAAGAAUGCGCCUCACGUCGGCAUCGCGACGGUGUGGUGGGAGGGUAACCCGUGCAAUACACAUCUCCUUGAGUUUGGAAGAAUUGUGAAAAAGGCCGUGGAGAAGCAGGGCAUGCUCGGAUGGCAAUUCAACACCGUGGGCGUAUCGGAUGCCAUCACAAUGGGAGGAGAAGGCAUGCGAUACUCCCUCCAGACCCGCGAAAUCAUCGCCGAUAGCAUCGAGUCCGUCACCUGCGCCCAGCACCACGACGCCAACAUCUCCAUCCCGGGCUGCGACAAGAACAUGCCCGGCACCAUCAUGGCCGCGGCCCGCCACAACCGCCCCUUCAUCAUGAUCUACGGCGGCACCAUCAUGAAGGGCCACUCCGAGCUCCUCGAGAAGCCCAUCAACAUCAGCACCUGCUACGAGGCCCGCGGCGCCUUCACCUACAACCGGCUGCACGCCAAAUGCAACCCCGGCGCCGAGGGACGCACCCCCUCCGACGUCAUGGAGGACAUCGAGCGCCACGCCUGUCCCGGCGCCGGCGCCUGCGGUGGCAUGUACACGGCCAACACCAUGGCCACCGCCAUCGAGGCCAUGGGCCUCUCGCUGCCGGGUUCGUCGUCCUACCCGGCCCUGUCUCCCGAGAAGUCCCGCGAGUGCGAGCGCGCGGCGGAGGCCAUCAAGAUCGUCAUGGAGAAGAACAUCCGCCCGCGGGAUCUCAUGACCCGCGCCGCGUUCGAGAACGCCCUCGUGCUGACCAUGAUCCUUGGCGGCUCGACGAACGGCGUGCUUCACUUCCUGGCCAUGGCCAACACCGCAGACGUGCCCCUGACCCUCGAUGAUAUCGACCGCACCAGCAACCGCAUCCCCUUCAUCGCAGACCUGGCGCCUUCAGGGAAGUACUACAUGGAAGACCUCUACAGAGUCGGCGGGACACCGUCGGUUAUCAAAAUGCUCGUGGCCGCCAACCUGAUCGACGGCUCCAUCAUGACCGUGACAGGCAAAACCCUCGGUGAGAACGUCGCAGACUGGCCUUCCCUAGACCCCAACCAGAAGAUCAUCCGCCCUCUCUCCGACCCGAUCAAAAAGACAGGCCACCUGCGCAUCCUCCGCGGAAACCUCGCCCCCGGCGGCGCCGUCGCGAAAAUCACCGGCAAAGAAGGCCUCUCCUUCACCGGCGCGGCCCGCGUCUUCGACAAGGAGCACGAGCUCGACGUCGCUUUGUCCGAGGGCUCCAUCCGGCGCGAGGACGGCAACCUCGUCCUCAUCGUGCGGUACGAGGGACCCAAGGGCGGCCCGGGAAUGCCGGAGCAGCUGCGCGCGAGCGCGGCCAUCAUGGGCGCCGGGCUGGACAACGUGGCUCUCGUGACGGACGGACGGUACAGCGGUGCGUCGCACGGCUUCAUCGUCGGCCACGUCGUCCCUGAGGCGGCUGUAGGCGGGCCCAUUGCUCUCGUGCGGAAUGGCGACAGGGUGACGAUUAAUGCUGAGACGAACCGUAUUGAUGCGAUUGACGUCGACGAGGCCGAGUUCGAGAGGAGGAGGGCGGAGUGGAAGGCUCCGUUGCCCCAUGUGAGAAGGGGCGCGUUGGGCAAGUAUGCUCGUCUGGUGGGUGAUGCCAGCCACGGCGCGGUGACGGACCAGGCGGAUCCCUCGUGGUAA